AUGAAACAUUUCAUCGAAGUAUAUAAUUCCUCAACACAUUCUACAACAGGACAUACACCAAAUUCAAUGACACAACAACAAGAAGAAAAGUAUAUACAAAAGAAACGAAGUCAAACACAAAAUAUCAGAAAUUCAACACAAUUUACCCUCAUUCCUGGUACAAAAGUUCGUGUAGUUCUUGACGACAAACCGUUGACAAAGAAACGUUUAAGGUUAAGUAGAAACUAUUAUAUCGUAGACUCUACGCAAGGUAAUGGAUAUCUUAUAAAAGCUGCUGACGACUCUAUUGCGUUUUAUCCUCGACAUAAAUUAGUCGAAAGUAGUAAUGGCAAACUUGCUGAAACCAUUGACGAAGCAAAGCGAGGAGUGGUUAUUGAAAUACUUGGCUAUAACAUAAACGAUGACACUUAUAAAGUAAGAUAUGAAGGAGGUGUUGAAGAUGUUAUACCAUCUAAGAACUUGAGAGAGUCAAAGCCAACACAUCUGGGACCAUUAGAGCGGGAGUACUGGAAAGACAAAAAUAAGCCAGAAAGAAUAAGAAAAUUCUUCUAA